AUUGGGAUCGUUAUUUUACGACGAUGUGACUACACGAAAGGAACUCCGCUAUGGCGAAUGACCAACACUUUGGGCCUGUGCAACUUCUGUUCAGCAAUGCGAAUCCUGCCGUCAAAUUACUACCCACGGUUCAUCAACGAAGUUGUUUGCGAUGACAACGACACUGGCUGCCUGUCGAACUACGGGUUUUGUAAACCAAAAUCAAGGGCAGUAGAGGUAUUUGUAAACAAUGGUACACAGGAAAACGCAAUAUGGACGAAGGUUUUCAUCAUUAUCUCUGUUUCGUGCGAAUGCUAUGUACAGGACGGAUCAGAGCUGCAUGAGUUUGUAAGUACAUAA